UUUCCCUCUAAGUUUCAUUCUCUCUCCACCCCAUUCUUUCUUUCUUUCAUUUUUCUUUCCUUCUUGUCGUUCUCUCUCUCUGCCCAACAUUACAUCUAUCUCCUUCAGCUUUUCUUCUCCCCUGCAUGUCUCAUAUUAAUUAACACAAGUUUCAGGGAAGAUGAUGCUUGAAGGAUCUGUUAGCAUUAAUGGCCGAGAGUUGGAGACAAUGCUUUCUUUUAGAACUCCAACAGCAGAUAUGGAAAAUGACUUAUUUGGUAAACAUUUAAGCACAAAGAGUAUCGAAAGUUUAGAUGAUUUUUCAAGUUCAUACAGUAACUCUUCUGAGAAGAGCUUCUAUUCCCCGAAAAAGUUGGAGCCACAUGGUCAUAGAGACCUUGCUGCACUUAAAUUGCAGAAAGUUUACAAAAGUUUUCGAACUAGAAGACAACUUGCAGAUUGUGCAGUUCUUGCAGAACAAAGAUGGUGGAGGGCUUUGGAUUUUGCCGAACUUAAGCGCAGUUCUAUAUCAUUUUUCGACAUUGCAAAACCUGAGACUGCGAUUUCACGUUGGUCAAGGGCUAGAAAGAGAGCUGCCAAGGUUGGAAAAGGUCUAUCUAAGGAUAGGAAGGCUCGUAAACUUGCUUUGCAGCACUGGCUCGAGGCAAUUGACCCUCGACAUCGCUAUGGCCAUAACCUCCAAUUUUAUUAUGUUCAAUGGCUACAUUGUGAUAGUUACCAACCUUUCUUCUAUUGGCUUGAUAUUGGAGGUGGCAGGGAAUUCGGCUCGGAGAGAUGUUCUAGAUCAAAGCUUCAGCAACAAUGCAUCAAAUAUUUGGGUCCAGAGGAAAGAAAGGCUUAUGAAGUGGUUAUUGAGAAUGGGAGGCUCUUUUACAAACACACGGGGAUUCCAGUUGAAAGUACAAAAGAUGCUAAGUGGAUAUUUGUACUUAGCACUUCCAAGACUUUGUAUGUUGGGCAAAAAAACAAGGGCACAUUUCAACAUUCAAGCUUCCUAGCAGGCGGAGCCACAUUAUCUGCUGGUAGAUUAGUAGCCGAAGACGGUGUUCUUAAGGCUGUUUGGCCUCACAGUGGACAUUAUCUCCCAACCGAAGAAAAUUUCCAGGAAUUCGUGUCAUUUCUUAAGGAGAAUAAUGUCGACCUUACAGAUGUACAGAAAAACCCCGAAGAAGAUGACGAACCAGUGAAAACGAACCAGGAAUAUCAUUUUAGAGCAAAAUCUUCAGAGAAGUUACCAUCUAACAUCGAAACCGAAAGUUCAAGUAGUGCAUUAUCCGAAGAGAAAACCGAGGACAUAAAUGAGGAUCCAUCUGCUGAUUCAAACACCGAUCCACCAUUAUCUAGAUUGUCGAAACGGCUAGGAACAAAAAUAUCUAGACUCGAAAUACCGAAAAGAGACAACGUGACUGACAUUUUCGAGUCAGUAUUGGCAGUACAUCGUCCAACUAGAAAACUAUAUUCACCACAUUCAGACUCAGAAUCAGAUUGCGGUUACGAGACAGCAGAAGAAUCGCUUAUCCAAGAAGAAGACUUCAUGGUUUCAAAAUCAAACUUGUUUGUUGAGGAUCAAGACAACGAAGAAGAAAAUCCUAUUCCAAAGGAAAAGAUAAUGAAGAGAAUAGAUUCACAUAAAGGAAUGAAAUCGUAUCAACUGGCGAAUCAUUUAUCGACGAAAUGGUCAACAGGUGCUGGUCCUAGAAUUGGUUGUAUGCGAGACUAUCCAGCAGAGCUUCAGUUUUUCAUCUUGGAACAACAAAAUUUGUCUCCAAGGGCAAGAGCAACAGCGCCAUCGCCUCGGAUACCGUUGUUGUCUCGAUUCAGUCCACACGUCCGUUCUUUUUCAGUUCCUUUAGCAGAUGAAGUAUCAUCAAUUAACUAAGGGAUGUUACUUCUGUUAACCGAAUAGAAUUUUUCGUAUUUUGAUGCCGCUCUUUUAACCCAAUAUACAGUUUUUGUAGGUCUUGAGGUGGUGAGUGAGGGAAACAAAAGAACUUUGCAUGCAUAUUAUUCUAGUUCCAAAAUGCUGAGAAGUUUACAAUCUAGAUUUGAAACAAUAGCAAGCAACAUGCAAGUCAUAUAUGACAUGUGCUAUAGUUAUGGAGCAAAUUCCUUUGAGAAUUGCUGGUUUUUUAUAUAUCCCUUCUUUCAAAUAUGUAUUUUAUUAAUCUUAUAUUCAUACCUACAAUGAUAUGGUGUUGAAGUAGUUGUACAUAAGUAGUUGAAGAAAAACUUGUGAAAAGCAGUGGUCUACAGCAAUAAAAAUGAAUCAAACUCUGCUAUUUUUCAUUGUAA